CGCUGCUCGGGCUCGAGGUCUGGGGUUCGGUGCUCAGUGCUUGUGCCUGCGGCGGUCCUGGUAUCUGGCCACCAGGAACUGUUCUCAGCGCUUCAGAGCGAAUAACUCACUUAAUCCGGAACGGUCUUCUGAGAUGUGGGCACUGGAGUCACACUGUCCGGGUGGGGAUCACAGCUCUGCCACUUACUAGCUGUGUCUUUGGAGAAGUGACUUGUCUGCAAAAAUGGCAAUAGUAACAGUAGCAUCUCUGUUUACGGCUGCUUUACGGAUUCAGGGAGAACAGUGCCUGGUCCCUAGCAAGCUCUGUUUGUUUGUAUUAUGUGUUUGUUAAAGAGAUUUGUUUGUAUUUGUUAAAGAGAUCACCGUUUUGCACGAAUACUCCAGUAACUUGCCCAGAGUUACCCAGCUACUAAGAAGCAAAAUGGCCUGGCCUUGCGCUAAGAGUCCCACUUUGAAGCCCUGCGUUGUGCUGCCUCUGAAAGAUCUUUUCCUGGCAACCCUAUCUAAGUAAUACCAGGUCCUCUGAAUCCCCUCUGCUGCUUUUUCUUCGGAGUGCUGAUCACGACGUAAUAGUUUCUAGGCUUAGACUUUGUUAUGGGUUUCCAGUCUCCCUGCACUCUAGCUGCUGUAGAAUAGGGACUUACCCUGCUGUAUUAUUCCUAGCCUUUAUCGGCUGCUCAGAUGUUGAAAUGAAUGCGUGGGUUAUAACAUUUAACUGUGGCCUGAAAGUUAAGAACUGGCUUUGUCAGUGGAUGCUUGGUGGUGGGCAUUUAACCUCUCCUGUUGCUUGGCUCACUUCAGUGAUGCUCCGAGGACAUUUUGGCUCUGGUCUCAAUUCACUUUGGCUUGGCCAAGUCAGUGUUUCCUCAUUCACAGUGAUGAAUCCUGUAAUCCAUUUGGUUCAUUAGAUUGUCCUGAAGUAUAGGAAAUGUCUAAUGAUGUCCCCUAUGCAGUUUAUUUCCUGUCAAAACAUGGAAAAAAAGUUUUUUUCUAAUGUCAGUACAUUCUCUAUUUCAAAAAGACACAGAUGACGUUAGACCAGUACAAGAAAGGCUUCUUAAGGGACAAAAUAAUAUACGUUAAAGGGACAUAAAAUAUAUGCUGUAGUUUUUCAGCCUGUAUGUAUAUGCAAGUACACGGUGAACAGCCCUAAAAUAUUGUGACGUUCAAAUAUAAACCCCACUUUAAACAAACAGCAGGUCCCAAUCCCCAAAAGGCCUGGCCUUUCUUCCUGGCCUUUUUCCUUUGGCUUGAACUUGGAUAAGAACCCUGUAUCUUUUUGUGCCUCUCACUGCCUCUAGCUUUGGCUGACCCAAAUCUGUCACUGAAAAUAGAGAUUUUCAACCAUUAUCAGAAGUCAGUAGGCAAGGCUGGAGACAACAGAAGUUCACUUUUUUGGGUCAUUUACUUUCAACAACUGGCUCCCUCCAAGUGCUCAAAAAUAGCCAAUGGUCCCCACAGCUCUCAUGUAAAGGAAUGUUGCCAUGUUCAAAAGAGCACAUGUGACAGAAAUCUUAUGUCAUUUAUAUGACAGUAAGACUGAAUCUAACAUGUUCCAUCCAGAGGAUUAGACAUUUGUAGAAGCAGUCUUGAUUUUAGCUUUGAAUCUUUAAGAAUUGGUUUUCACUGAUAAAAAUCAGUACAUUUUUUUACAGAACGGACAUAGCAAUAUUUUGGAUAUAUACAUUGGAUUUACAUAGUAACUUCUUCAAAAGCUCAUGCAAGUUUUUGUGACGUUGAAAGACUUUUGCAGGUCUAAAAACUUGACAGAGAAGAUUGAGUGAUUUCAUCAAGGGAUACGCUGCUGCCAGUGUUGACUUUCUAAAAAACACAAAUACUGUAGUGCUUUUGCACAGAAAGUUUCAUCCCAGUGCAUAAGAAUAAAGUACAUGUUUAACCUGGUGUGAAAGGGCUCCCCCGUCCUUCCUGUCUCCCACCUCGUGCUCAUCAAACUGCUCCCCCACCUUCCAUGACUUGGUUCCAAGGUGUCCAUCCUUCUUUUGAGAAUGUCCCUUUUCUAAUACAGGCAUCCUUUGCUUUUUGAAAAUGAACUUGACACCACUUUGCUUUCGUGAAAAACCUACAUUAGCCCCUGUUUUCCCAAACUGAAAGGAGUCCAAAGAAGGUUUUUGCUUUCAUGACAAAGGGGGAAAAGGGAACACAGCGUGCUGAAUUAGUUUUGCAGGGAGCUGUCCCGGAGGCAGUGUGCACCCCGGCAGCGGGAGCAGCCCCGCCAGGCUCCUUCCCCAGAAACCACACUCAGCAUCCAGCCGCCACAGCCCUGAACUGUGUCUAGGAGCAUCUGUGCUUCACCUAGAUUUCUUUUGCUUUAAGCCGUUUGGCUUACGAAAGAUUUCAUGGAAACACUCUGCUUUUGGACAGUGGGGGAAACCUGUACCCUCACGCCCCGCUCAGAUUCUGUUUCUGCCGACACCUUCCCGGUUCCAUCAUUGGGAUCAGUCUUUCCUCCACCUCCUGUCGUAUUCCCAUGGCGUUUGGUACACGUUAGAGCAUCUCUCACAACCUGCCUUGUAACUGUCUCCACUGGGCCCCCACCACUCACUCAGGCUAAUGGGGGCCCUGAAGACCAGGAGUUCAUCACAUCUUUUGCUGAUUAAGUUGAAGGGCCCCUGUGUACACAGGUGAAACCGUUUGGGUCAUCUGACUCGUGUUGGUCUAAUCAACUCCCUAUUGGCUUAUGCUGACUAGAGAAACAGCCCAUCAACAGACAAGUGGAUAAACAAAAUGUGGGCUAUCCAUACAGUGGGAUAUUAAAUAUUUGGCCAAAAGAAGGAAUAAAGUGCUGAUACAUAGUACAACAUGGAUGAAUCUUGAGAACAUUAUGCUAGGUGAAAAGUCACUCACAAAAACCACAUACUGUAUGAUUUCACUCAUGAAAGUCUGCUUUCUUUAGAGACAGAAGGCAGAUUUGUGGCUGCUUAGGGCCAGAGGGGCAGGGGGGAGGAUGGGGGGUGAUGGCUAAAGCAUAAGGGGUUCCUUCCGGAAGUAAUGAAGAAGUUCUGAAUUUAACUAUGGUGAUGGUUACACAUAUCUGAAUCUACUAAGAACCUUUGAAUUGUACACAUCAAAUGGGCAAAUGGUAUGAUAUAUGAAUUACAUCUCAAUAAAGCUGUUAAAAAUGAUUGAGCCCCCCCGUGAUAGUAUUGAGAGUAAUAAUAAUAGUGGCCAGUAGUCAUCACUUUCUCUCUCGGGCUGUGCUAAGGGCUUUAUAUGCAUUGUUUAUUUAACUGACCCAAUAACUCUGUAAGGAUAGUAUUAUUUUAGAAUGUUACAGGCAAGAAAAAUUAGCCUUAGCAACAGCUUAACUAGUGCCACACAACCUGUUCAGUUCUGAGACUCCAGAGUUGCGUGGCUGGAAUCUUCCUAACCACUGUCCUCUACAAUUGGAAUGCCUGCAGGAGGAUUUUACACAAGGCAUGACAGAUGUGCCUUGACUUAAAAAAAAAAAAAAUCAAAUGCACUUCUAUUAGCAUGUAAGUCCUCCAUACAAUGCUGAAAAGUAUAAAUGAGAAUGUAUUUAAAACUCUUGCUUUCUAUCAAACACGAUCACUUUCCUAAACUUUACUUUUACUUUACUUCCAUCGCCUGCAUCAGCAAUAGACUUCUGUUGUUGUGUCUGAACUGGUUUUCCUCCCUGACACUAGUUGUAAAACUCGCUUCAGGGCACCUCGGGCAGCAACAACAAAGCUGCAACAAAGAUGCUGAGGUGGGUCAGCUCCUCCCCCCACCCCCCCCAAGCAGUGACUCACAGCCGUGGGCCAGCUUCUGGUGUGUCCUGUGUUCACAUUUGGACCUCACCACAGCUGUGACAGAUUACCACAUCUUAUGGGUAUGGUAGGUGGAAAUAGGUCCAUGUUUGAAUCCCUGGACCCUGCGAGGCCGCUUACCUGGGGAGCAACUUGGCAGAUGAGGUUAAGUUAAGGACCUUGAUGUGGGGGAAUUAUCCUGGCUUGUCUGGGGGGGCCAGUAUGCUCACAAGGGGAGGAUCCCUUUCCUAUAAAGGAAAGGGGGGCAGGGCUGUCAGAGGAGGUGUCGCGAUGGAAGCAGAGGUUGAGCGAUGUGGGACCGGUGGCCGAGGAAUGCGGGUGGCCCAUCCUACCCUAGAGCUUCCAGAAGGAACACAGCCAGCCUAUUUCAGACAUCUGACCUCCAGAACUGGACACCCCCAGAAACACUUAAAGAAGAAAGGCAGUCAGGAUGUGUUCCACCUACAAGUCUUGAGGGCAACAGUUUGAAGAAAAGCAAUUGGGGGUUCUUAUUUACUGGCAUUGUUGGGGGGACGCUGGUGGUCGUGUAUGCUGUGGCCACACCGUUUAUAACACCAGCCUUCCGAAGAAUCUGUUUGCCUUUUGUACCUGCAACUGCAAAGCAGAUUGAAAAUGUUGUGAAAAUGUUGCGCUGCAGGAGAGGACCCCUGGUAGACGUCGGUAGUGGCGACGGACGUAUCGUAAUAGCAGCUGCAAAGGAAGGAUUCACAGCUGUGGGUUAUGAAUUAAACCCCUGGCUCGUCUGGUACUCCAGAUACUGCGCUCGGCGGGAAGGGGUGCAGGCAUCGGCCAGAUUUUACAUCUCAGACUUGUGGAAGGUCACUUUUUCGCAGUACUCAAAUGUUGUUGUCUUUGGCGUGCCCCAGAUGAGGAACCAGGAAUGUUUGAGAAAUGGCUGAUCCCAGGGCUGAGGAAGGGAAGAUACAAAAGCCUGGAACAUUUUGUUGAGCCCAAAUAGCAGGAGGUGUUCAGAAUGUUUGAUGGGGCACAUCCACAGGAGAGAGAAGCCAGCUUGAGGGAGUUCCCAGUGGCCAAGCUGGGACAAUUUGUGUGCUAGAAUAAACAAGAACGAUGGUGGGUUGUAACCCAUAGAAUGAAGUGAGAAUCCAGGAGUUCACACUUAACAGUGAUGGAGAGACAGAGGGGAAAGCUAUUCCUCGAUGUUUUUGACUGUCGAUCUGGGAGGAAGGAUGGAAUUAGCAAAUUGCCACUUUCAAUCCUUACAGUAAAAUUUGACUCAGGCAGAAUCAUCAGGAAUGCUGCAUCGAGUGGGGGCAGCUGGAUGAGUAACAGGACAUUUGCAUCUUCUCAAGGCGUCUCCCCGCAAUUGCUUACCCAUUGCAAAGGAGCAGUAGUAACCACACUGUGGAGACACCAGAAAGCUCCUUGCCUGAGUGGUACAUCACCCUCAAAGCAGGAGGACCCCGUGGGCUCGGGAUCGUGGAGCCCUGCGAAGUCCACAGCCCCGCUCGUGGGGCGUUGCCAAGGAGGCACGCACCAAGUCAUCAUGAGCGUGUGUCAGAGGGACGCCCGGUAAAUAACUGGCCUGUGGUUUGUUUUUUUUUUUUUUUUU